AUGGAGUCCAUAAAGGGGACAACACGAGGAGUGGACUUGUAUGACAGCUUGACUGGUGUCAUCGAGAGGCUUAAGUUACCAUGGUGUAAACUUGUGAAUGUCACCACAGAUGGAUCGCCAAAUUUGACAGGAAAAAACGUUGGGCUGCUGAAAAGAAUCCAGGAUAAGGUGAAAGAGGAAAACCCUGAGUUGGAUAUCAUUUUCCUGCACUGCAUAAUCCACCAGGAAGUCCUGUGCAAGUCUGUCUUGCAGCUUGAUCACGUAGUGAAGGUAGUCGUAAAGCUUGUAAACUUCAUUAGAGCAAGAGGACUUAACCAUCGUCAGUUCAUUCAAUUCCUUGAAGAAACUGAUGCUGAUCACCAGGACUUACUGUACCACUCUAAUGUCCGUUGGUUAAGUUUGGGAAAAGCAUGUCAGCGAGUGUGGGAGCUCAAAGGGGAGAUAAGCUCAUUUUUGGAGUUAAUGGGGAAGGCUGGUGAUUUUCCUGAGCUGAGCGACACAGACUGGCUUUGUGAUUUUGCGUUCGCUGUGGACAUAUUGGCACAUAUGAACGUGCUGAAUGAGAAGCUACAAGGGAAAGAUCAAUUUGUGCAUGACAUGCAUGCAAAUGUGAAAGCCUUCAAAACCAAAUUGACUUUAUUCUCAAGGCAAAUUUAA